AAUGGGCGUGGCCGGAUCGGCUGAGGGAGAGGCGGCCCGGCUGGAUCGUCUGUGGGUUUCGUCCGAUGGCGGCGCCCCUUCCUUCCCGCUGAGGCGGCCGCGUAUGGCCAAGAGCCGAGCGGGAGGAAGCGGCGGCGGUGACGACGGGGAGGCUGCCUCCGCCGCCCAGGCCGGCGGCAUGGGCUCUGCGCCCCGCGGACCCCUGGCCGAGGCGGAGGAGGACGACGACGCUGCCGAAGACGAGGCGGCGUCGGCGGCAGCGGCCAGCGAGAUGGACUCGCGGAGCUCCUUGGGCGGCGGCGGCAGCAGCUCCGACGGCGAGCGCCGCGUCGACAAGUUCGGCUUCCUCGUCGCCGACGGCGGAGACGGACCAGAGCAGGAGGCGCCGUGAGUGGCGGCGGGGGAGGGGGUGCGCGCUGGGCACUCUUGCCAUGGGCAGGGGCACUCUUGCCCCUUUCGGGAGUGGGUGGGGAUGGGCUCGCCUCGAGCCCGGGAGUGGCCGCCAGAAUCAGGAGGAAAGUGGUAUUCGGUUCCCACCUCGUUGUAGUCGGCUCAAGUGCGGCAGAGGCGCUCUCGCCAUGCGCAGGGGCACUGUUGCCAUUCCCCGGAGAUUGGCCUGUCUCUGCUAUUGGCAUAGGUUCCUUCGCCGCCGCCGCCUCCCCCAAUAAAAUAUUUGAGGGGGCCGCCCCCACCCCCAAAGUUGAUGGACAUUGCCUUACGAAUGGUGUGCGCGUGCUAAGCACCAUGCGAUCGAUUAUACGGGGUGGGGCUUACUUGCCUCUCCCAUUACAGUGGUACCUCGGGUUACAGACGCUUCAGGUACAGACUCCGCUAACCCAGAAAUAGUACCUCGGGUUAAGAACUUUGCUUCAGGAUGAGAACAGAAAUCACACGGAGGCAGCGGGAGGCCCCAUUAGCUAAAGUGGUACCUCAGGUUAAAAACAGUUUCAGGUUAAGAACGGACCUCCAGAACGAAUUAAGUUCUUAACCCGAGGUACCACUGUAUUUUAUUCAAGUUGGCAUCUCAUCUUCUUGGGGAGGGUGGUAGGUGGAAGUUUCUGUCUCUCUCACACACUCACACGCACACACUUAGCAGGGCACUCUUGCCAUGGUCAGGAGGCACUCUCUGUGCCAAGAAUGAUGAGCUGUGGUAGGAAAACCCUGUGGAAGGGAAACUGCAAGUGGUAGCUAUAUGUUUGUGGUGUAGAGGCGCUCUGUCUGUGGGCAAGGGUGCUCUUCCCUGUUUGGGAGCUGGCUUCUGUCACUCCUGGUGUGGGUGAGGGUGAACAGCUGGUGACUUAAGUUUCUGUAACACCCCUCCCCCAAUGGGCUGGGGUUUGCACCCAAGAGUUAUAACCCCCGUUGCCUUUUGGGGAAAUUGGCUUUUCUCCCUUCCCGGAGUGGUGAGGGCCAGUUUCUCUGAGGCAUUUUUGCCAUGGGCAGGAGCACUCUUGCCUUUCUGGGAACUGUCCUGUCUUGCUGGCAGGCUGGGUGGGUGAGGCUGGACAACCAGUGGCUGUAAAUUUCUGUAAUCCCCAGCAGCCAGGGCAAGGGGGCACUUCUUUCAUGGGGUGGGGAGGGGUGCUGUUUGCAUCCCAAAGGGAUGAGCCCUGACGGGGAGCCCUGUGAAGGUAGAACGGUCGGUGGAAGCUAUAUGCAUAUGUAACCCUGAUGGCCAGGGGUGCUCUGUCCAUGGGCAGGGAUAGUAUUGCUUUUGUGGGCUGUGUUGAAAGUUGUUUCUAGGCAGAAGAGAGGUGGGUAAGCAAUUGCUUUGGUAGUAAAGCACAAAGAGCUUCCUAUUUAUGUAACCUCAGAUGGGCUGGAGGAAGCUUUUCCCAUGGGCAGAGGUUCUUUUGCUUUUGAGAGUUGGAGUCUAAUUGUGUUUGAGGAUGACCCGAGGCUGAAGAAUAUCGCUUUUGGCUACAGAUGUAUGUUGCCUUCAGAGAGGUGCCAGGGCUCCAGCCUGCCUAGAUUGGGGUGUGUCCCACCACCUGGCUUGGAGGGAUGUGUGAUUAAAGGGAUUCUGAGGACCUCUUGUUACUCUAAACUCCACUGUGGUCCAGAAUAAAAUGGGGCCAAGCCUACUUGGUUGAAGCCUCCUAUCCAGUUUCUCCCUGGGAUGUCCCAGGGUAUGGUUGCGUAGAAGGCACUUUUCAUGAGCUUGGGUUUUCACACUUUUUAUUCUCCCUCCCUCUGUUUAGCGCUCUUGAGUCUGGAAACUGGUUUAGGGACUGAGUACUAAGGCAUGGAAUGGGGAGGAUGUGUAGAUUUUGGAUUGCGAGAUUUAGGGGAGGCCUCCCCUGUUCUUCCCAGUGAGGGGUGGAGGGAAAAUGGAAAUUGUCUCAGUGCAACAGUAGUGAGAAGUUGCUGCUGAACUUCCCCUCCUAACAGUACCAGAGCCCUUCUGAGAUAUUGAAACAACUGAGGGAUGGAGGCUUUAGGCAGCAAACCCAGUCUACGGGCAACUGGGCCACAAGUGCGUGGGAAUUGCAGUGCAGGGAGUAUUCUUGUUUUGAAGUCAAGAGGAGCUUUAUCUGAGGGUAGCGGAGUAAGGCAGGCUUUAGGAAUGCAGAUGUUGUGGCUUGGGGAAUGGAUCUUGAUUGCCAAAUCCCCCUUCUCUGGGAUACCUUCAUCCCAGUCUCCACUGGGUGGGUGGUGGCAGUAGGCUAGAACUUGCUACAUGGGGCCUCUUAAAAUCAACCUCUUUCCCCAAGUCUUCAUGCACUGUUUUGGAGGGGGUGCCCUCCAUUGUAGGAUGUUUUGACUUCUUAUGUAAGCUCCUUAAGUUGCAGUCUGUGUCCCUUUACUCUAUCUGAGCCAGCCUGGAACUGGGCUUCCCCAAAGCAAUUUUCCCUCUCAGGGGCUGGUCUGCUGUAAAGCAUAGAUGAUCAUGUCCAAAGACACUAGGCAGUUGUCUUGGAUAAUCACCCUUCUCUCAGUUGACCGUGAGGCAGGUUAAUGAUUGUAAAGCAUUUUUUCUGCUGCGCCACAGAAGCAGCAACUGUUUUGUUUUGCUUUGUAUGGCUUUGACUCUGUGGCCUGCUUCCUCCCCAUUCUGAAAGAAGACAAUUGAUCGAGGAGGAAACAUUCCCUUCAGCAUGAUUUUUUUUGGAACUGAAGAGCAUGAUAUCCUCUGAACUGAAGUAAAGGUGGGGGGAAGAAGCCACGUAACCCAUGACACUCUGGGGUGGGCGAGCCUGGAGAAUGAUUAAUGCACACCUUGCAAAUGAGACGUGUAUUGCAUUCCAGCAUCUCUUGUGUGAGAGUAGGUAUACCUGUUUUGGUGAGAGCAGGGUCACUGUGGAAAGGUGGUAAGCUGGCUAGCAUCCAACACAUGGCCCAUCCCAGCCAGUUGGCACUGUUCACUUACCCACAUGACGCUGUAAAAAGCAUGUCUCGAUAGCGAUAUUUCCCAUAGGGCAGCCUUCCUUUCCUAGCCACCCAGCAAUUAAAAUAUAACCCAGCCUUACAAAUAAACCCGCGGAUAAUUUAUUAUAUUUCUAUAAGGCAUUUAUAUACUUUCUGUCAAAUGGAUCCUGCAAAGCAGUUUACAAUAAUGUUUGUACAACGAAACGAGACAAUAAAAAAUUUGUAUACAUGCAAAUGGGGGGGGGGGAGUUUUGAAGCAGCUGUUUUUCAGCUUCUUUUUCUGCUACCCUCAGGACAAAGGGGUGUUUCAAAAGCCCAUGUGGUGGGGGAAGGAGGAGCCAUGGCUGUUUAGAUCAGGUGUGGGGAACUUUCAACCUCCAGAUGUUGCUGAAAUUCAGCUCCCAUCAGCCCUAGAGAGCACUGCCAGUGUUUAGGGAUGGUGGGAGUUGCCAUCUGGAGGGCCAAAGCUUCCUCACACCUGGUUUAGUUUAUCAGCCUGCUUGCCAAUGCAUAUGGAUAUAUAUAGUCAUUUGUGGCACAUUAAAAACUUGAAUGCAUGCUGAAGUGGAGAUGCUGUCUUUUCCGCUUCCCAAAUGAUUCCCUGUUGGAUCAUGUGGAGAGAUGAUUGGUUUUUUGUUUUGUUUUUCCUACAGGUGACCAAGUGAGUAGCCUGCCAUGUCUAACCUUUGUGAGUUAUAGGGACAAGAUGCCUUGCUGUGAAGGGGGAAACAGUACUGUUGAGCCUCGUCCCCCUCUUCCUAGGAUAGGAGCAUUGGGUCCUUUAACUGCAGAACCUAAACUACUGAGCUUCAUUCAGUGAGCUGUGACUCACAAGUGGUUUGCAAAUGGACCUUGGGUGGAGUGUAUCAGUGGUGCUGCCACUGUCUCAUUUCCCAACUUAUAAUACCGUAUUUUUUGCUCUAUAAGACUCACUUUUUCCCUCCUAAAAUGUAAGGGGAAAUGUGUGUGCGUCUUAUGGGGCGAAUGCAGGCUGUGCAGCUAUCCCAGAAGUCAGAACAGCAAGAGGGAUUGCUGUGGAGCGAUCCCUCUUGUUGUUCUGGCUUUUGAGAUUCAGAAUAUUUUUUUUCUUGUUUUCCUCCUCCAAAAACUAGGUGCGUCUUAUGGUCUGGUGCGUCUUGUGGAGUGAAAAAUACGGUAGCUGCUUUUUCAGGGUAAAAGCAGGUGUUAGAUGCAGAAAUAGCCACACUCCACUAUGGAGUGAAGCUGCUUUUGGCCACUUUUGUACACCAGCAAGCAAUAUGAUGGUUCAGACCACCUGAGGGGGGGAAGCAGAAGCAGAAAAGAAUAAAGAUAUGAAAUAGAAGCACCUCCUACGACAUAAUGGGUCAGUGUGACCAGCUGUUAACCGGAAGGUUGGUGGUGGAAGCUCACCCAGGGACAGCUGUGGGCUCUGUGUUGAAGCCUGAGAUUGAAGGUGGAUCCUGGUUGGCUGUAAAGGAGUUCCGCAGAAUUGAUUUGUUUUUGUUUUUUUCAAAUGGGCUUGUCAAUUUCACUUUUGCUGUCAGAAAUGAGGAAGUGAAAAUGACACAUCCUGUUCACUACCCUGGAACAAUGGGAGUGGGUGGCCUUCAAACAGUAUGCCAGUAGGCAGAUUAAAAAUCGCAAGAGGUUCACAGAACGGGUGAGGCACUCCCUGACUGGGGGGGUAGGGAGAGAGAGAGGAGGAUAGACUUAAAGCAGUGAAAACACCCUGUUUUUGUUUAUUAAAAAAACACAUAGAUUCGGAUUCGAACUUGUAAACUGGGGCUAUACUGCGAGGGAGCGCUGAGUCUACACAAUAUAUCCAAAAUCUACUGACAGUGUAGGCGUUGGACAUGGGAUGGUAGAGGAAUUUGUGUUGCUCAACUUGUAUCUCUCUGAUUUCCCUUUCUGCUCAUGCCUGCAGCAUUAGCCUAUACCAGGGGUCAGCAAACUUUUUCAGCAGGGGGCCGGUCCACUGUCCCUCAGACCUUGUGGGGGGGUGUACUAUAUUUUUUUUGGGGGGGGGGUGAACGAAUUCCUAUGCCCCACAAAUAACCCAGAGAUGCAUUUUAAAUAAAAGGACACAUUCUGCUCAUGUAAAAACACCAGGCAAGCCCCACAAAUGAUCCAGAGAUGCAUUUUAAAUAAAAGGACACAUUCUACUCAUGUAAAAACACACUGCUUCCCAGACUGUCCGUGGGCCGGAUUUAGAAGGCAAUUGGGCCAGAUCCGGCCCCCGGGCCUUUGUUUUCCUACCCAUGGCUUAUACUGUACAGUAUUAGAUAUUGCCACUUAUUAAAAGGUGCCUGCACUGUCUGUGCUUUUCCUUCUUCUGGUAGGAAUCUCAAUGAAUGUGGUAGCUGGAGAGAAACUGGUAUUUUCCUAGCAACUAAAAAUAAAAUUGUGGCACUGCCUUCAUUGAGGAAAUACAUCUUGGAUACUUGCUUUUGGUGUGAAUAUACCUAGGUCUGAAAUAUUGUCCAGCACUUUCUGACUACCUUGUAUUGAAAGGAGCAGGGGCACAACUGGACAGCCUGAUCAUCCUAUCACAGCAGACCUGUUAGCUCUUACUGUGGCCCCAAAUGGACUGAGGUAUCUAAGAACAUGCUACCUCCUGUUGGGGGUUCCAAGAUAAGCCAUUGUUUACCGGGCCCAGUUGACUUAAUUCAGUUGCUUCUAGUAUUGAGAGGAGAUCUGGUGUGUUUAGGAAGAAAAUAGUACGCUGAAUCAAAGAGGCGUAGGGAUUGGAGUGUAGGUUUCUCCGGUUGAGUUCAUGGAGACUAGGAGUCAAUAUUUGCCACCCGCACAUAGCAAACGGUUGAUGUUCAGGGCUGUUGGAGGAUAUGCAGACUGAGUGAAUGUUGCUUUUUAUGAGAGCCUUUGCCAGACUGCGAGAGCUCCUUAACAUGCAGGAGGAGUGUCUGGAAUAUGUAGCAGAGGAGAUAAGUGAGAGUGAAGGAGAGAGCAAGCAGCCACUACUGCAGUGUGCUGAUGCCAGAGCUACUCCCUCUUGUUGCUUCGUUGUAUAUAUGAGAGCAUGAAUCUCAUUCGCUGGGAGGCUGUGGCUGUUGCACAAAACACCCAGAAAAGGUUGCAAUGAAAGGAGAUUUGGGAAAUUAGUCCCUGUUACCUUGGCUGCUCUAAGUGUGGUAGUGACUCCCAAAUUGGGUGCUGUGUCCCCCACUACCUCUUUGAGCUCAGAGGCCCCAUGAGGGAUUGAUCCUGUCUCCUGCUCAUAUGAACUGUGACAUCAACUUGAGGGCGGGCCUUAGGAUGUAUUGGGAUUCCACAGUGCAGUCUGCUGCUCUACUGUGGAUGGGCACAGCAUUACCAUAGAAACGUCUUUAUUAGCUAGGGAACAUGGUGCCAUCCCUGACUGACCGAUCCAAAGGGUAUGAUCAGAGGUUUGGAGGCAAUAUUAACUGGGCUAUUUUGCAGUCUUAAGAAGAGUUCCAUGUCAAAGUGAUCAGGAAAACCUAUGUGCAUCUCAUAAGUAUACUUGAAAGAUGACAAUUGGAACAGGCAUCCCCAAACUCGGCCCUCCAGCUGUUUUGGGACUACAAUUCCCAUCAUCCCUGACCACUGGUCCUGUUAGCUAGGGGUGGUGGGAGUUGUAGUCCCAAAACAGCUGGAGGGCCGAGUUUGGGGAUGCCUGAUCUGGAACAUAAGAGUCCGCCUUCUACUUCUCCCCACUGGAAAUGGAAUGAAUGAGAAGAGGGGGUUUUCCUCCCUGGCUGGAGCCUUGACAAAAAUUGCUCCUCUUAAGGAACUGGCAACAACAAAAAAUCAGGUAGCAAUUUAAGGGAAAGACCCCUAGGAAGCUGCCUUAUACUGAGUGAGAGCAUUGGUCCAUCUAGCUUAGCAUUGUCUUCAUUGACAGGCAGCAGCUCUCCAGGACUUCAAGUGGGUUUCUCUCCCAGCCCUGCCUGGAGAUGCCAAGGAUUGAACUUGGGACCCCUGCAUGCAAAGUGCUCUAUCUCUGAGUUACAAGGAAAUAUUAAAAGAGGGCAACAAACAUUUGAGUCAAGGCAACUGUAUGCAAAAUGCAUCUCUUAGGAACUUUCAUCAUGAUCAUUUUUGCUUGGAGUUUCUGUUCUAAACAAAACAAUGCAAUAAUAAUCUGAGAUGCAGAAUAGGUUUUUACUGUCCUACCUUAUCCUGGUAGCCAUGGAUGGAUUUAAAGCUCCAUUCAAAAGAAACAAAAUCAUAGAAUCCCCGAGCUGGAAGGGGCCCAAGGGUCAUCUAGUCCAACCCCCUGCAAUGCAGGAAUCACAGCUAAAGCAUCCAUAACAAAUGGCCACCCAGUCUCUGCCUUAAAAUAGCAUAAGGGUAUAAGGUUUCUUCCAUCUUAACCUACCUUCCAUUAAACUUUUCAGAAGCAUUUCAGAAGCUCUCAAAUGGCCCAGAGUCUGUCUCUGCAGCUGUGAGGUCUAAAGAAACCAACUUAUUCUCUCACGGCUCUGUGGCAGUUAUCAGAGUUUGAUUAGAGGCUUGUAGGUGCCUCCCCCCUGCUUUCUGUUUGUGGUACUUUUAGAUCUCUUCACAUUCCUAGGUUGCCCGCACGAAGGUUGCAAGUGAAACCACUGACUGGGAACAAACAGUUACUGAGACUUCUGCUAUCUCAGGCUUGCGGAUAAAUCCACAAACCUAACCUAUUACUUAUUUUUGGCUUACGAGCAUUUAAGAGCCUAUCCUUUAGCCCACACAUAAUGCUGUGGUGUUGCUUGUUACCCGACAACAGCCUGAAAGGAAACUGAAUGAUCCAACAACAGUCUCUCUCUUCCUGUUUAUCAGACUUCCCUUACCUGGUGGCCAGGAAGGCAAUUAUUCCACACUGCAGGUGAGCAGCAAGUGGCUGUUGUGAAAGUGACACUCUCAUCUUAUUCUCAUUGCCUAAUCCUUGUUUCAUGAACUGCCCUGUAGCUACAGGCACUUUGCAUAUGCCACGGGGCAUGCUAAAGGUGUGCUUGUGCUAAAGGAGUGCUUCAUUCCAUAGCUCGAGUCAAGAACCUAGGAAGUUGCCAUGCUGAGGGUUGCAUUCCCUCAUGGGCAACCUUUCAGGGGCCAGUGCCAGGUGUGGGCAGGGCAAAAAAUAGAUGGGAUCAGAGGCAGAAGUGGCUGGAGCAACACAUGGCUCUUUCCUUUGUACAUUACUCUGUUUUCCAGACAAGCAAACAUCAAAGGGUUCUAUACACACCCCUCUCCCCAUACAGGUAAAGGUAAAGGGACCCCUGACCAUUAGGUCCAGUCGUGGCCGACUCUGGGGUUGCGGCGCUCAUCUCGCUUUACUGGCCGAGGGAGCCGGCACACAGCUUUGGGUCAUGUGGCCAGCAUGACCAAGCCGCUUCUGGUGAACCAGAGCAGCACACAGAAACGCCUUUUACCUUCCCGCUGGAGCGGUACCUAUUUAUCUACUUGCACUUUUUGGCAUGCUUUCAAACUGCUAGGUUGGCAGGAGCAGGGACCGAGCAACGGGAGCUCACCCCGUCAAGGGGAUUCGAACCGCCGACCUUCUGAUUGGCAAGUCCUAGGCUCUGUGGUCUAACCCACAGCGCCCCCCCCCCCCAAUACAGGUAGGAGAGAGCAUUGAUCAAAGUUUAAGGAUACAUUGAGAGGUGAAGUUUGGAGAGGAGGCAUGGCUAGGGAGAGGCCUGAGGCCUGGAUUGAGAGACCGUGCUACAUAAUUUAUAUGCACGCACACGGAAUACACAUCCUGUUAAUGUGCGAGAAGCAGUUUGGUGCCUUUUCCAGAUUUCUCUGAUUUUGCUGCAGUUUUAAAUAUUAUUUUGGUCCAAAGUCUCUCAUUUCCAGGAAAGAUGGUGACAAAGGGGCUAGAGAACAGAAAAACAAAGAUUAGAGGGAGAACAGAUGCAGCUGUGGUAGGAGGCAAAUACAUCCUGCUUGGAUGGGUGCCUGGGGCAAACAGUGGAAGACCUCUGCAGCUGGGAGGUUGACCAGCAGACUGCAUUAAGCACUUUGAGUAGUACAUUGAAAGUAUGCUUAAUGUAGCCUUUCCCAUUCAGGUGUCUUUCCAGACCCACUUCCUACAAAAAUUAAGAGAUUUUGUUUUGUUUUUCUAGUUUUCUUUGUGAUUUGGGAGUUGCCUGUUUGGGGCUGUGCAUCUGCUUUUGUCCUUAGGUUGAUGCAGGAGGCAAAGUACAAGACACUUUCAACUUGCAUAAGGGUUAUGUUCCGGGGACAUGGGCAUAUCUAAGAUUUAUUUUAGGGGGGCAGGCAGAGUUAUCUGCAACACAGUUGGUCAGUUAGCUGCAGGCAAUAAUGCUUCAGAACACCAGUUGCUGGAAACCACAGGAGGGGAGAGUGCUUUGUGCUCAGGUCCUGCUUGUGGGUUUCCCAGAAAAGGCAUCUGGUUGGCCAUUGUGAGCAAAGGAUGCUGGACUGGAUGGGCCACUGGCCUGAUCCAGCAGGGUCUUCUUAUGUUCAGGGGAGGAGGGAAGGAAAAGGGGGUGGCAGAGAGAAAAAGUCAAGGUAUUUCACCCCAGACGUCAAACCUUUUCCCAUCCAUUACCAGCACGACCCCCACUUGAUUACCUUUGAAAGGAGUAUAGCCUUCAAUAGAAAGAAAGUCCCCUGCCCUUUGAGUAAAUGAGAUAAACCUAAGCAAUAUCUUUGCAAAGGGCAUGCAGCCUUGAGAGAUCACCGUCCACAAUAAAUUAAUAAUAAGACCUGGACAGGGCAGGUCUCCUUGUGGGGAGAUGUCAUGUAAUAUUAUGUUUGCAUACAAACAUACUGGGUGGGGCAUACCUGCAAAUUGGGUGUGGGGCAGUUCUUAAAUAUCCUGAUUUUUUUUUUUUAAAAAAGAAUAGCAUCUGUUCCCCCAAAAGCAGAUGUCCGGAGCCCUCUUCCCUCCUACCACCUUGUCUGUGUUAUCCCUCCACAAUCAGGAGGCAGAAUGCCUCUGAAUGCCAGUUACCAGGAAUCCAGGUGGGGAGAGAUGUGUUGCACUCAGUUCCAGCUUGACAAGCUUCCCAUUGGGGCAUCUGAUUGGCCAGAACAGGAUGCUGGAUUAGAUGGGCCACUGGCCUGACCAGUGACCAGGCUCUUCUUUUCAAAUACAUGUAGAAAACCUUCUUUAACUAGAAGCUAUUUUUUAAAGCCUAGGUUAAAGCUCAUCAAGUCGUCAUCUUGCUGCAAGUGGACAUUAUAGCCCUAAAACUGGCCGCACCUACCAAAGGUUGACUCAGAAUUGUUGAGACAACACGCUCCUGAACUUGGAGGAGAAGCAGAACUUCCUUCAUGCUAAGUUGCAAUGACCCAUUUUUUUACCUCAGUGGUUGUUUGCAAAUGGUGCAGGUCUAAUAUGCCUUCAGAGUUGGGUAAACCAUUUCCUGCACCCUAAGGGCAGAGUGAGAUGUCAGGUUCUGGGCAUCUGUCAUUUAAAUUAUAAUGUGGGGAGCUGUCCUCCCCAUAUGUUUUGACAAUACUUGUACAGCUUGCCUGUAAAUAACAUGUCUUUUUAAAAUUGGAUUUAUUAGCAGCUCAUCCUCAUCUGUUCUGUGCUGACAAAUAGCAUCAGAAGCAAGAUCUAGCCUAAUGAAUCUGGUGGUUUGCUCUUUUUUAAAAAAAGAAAAGAAAAGAAGGGUGAGUGGGGUGUGUGAAUUGUGCGUUUAAAACUAGGUCAAAGCAGGGCCUUUGCUCCACAUUAAAAUCCCAUCUAGUUCCUAAAGUAAUGCUGCACUAGGCAGAGUGGUGGGAUUGGGAUGCUGUUGCAAAAGUGAUUAGCCUAGGGGUGGCCUGCACCAAAGAUGUGCCACAUUCUAACUGAGCUCUUUUAUUGCAAUGAAGCAAGCGGUGCCACUGGUUUGUUUUCUGACAAAGAAGCGGAACAAAUCUAGUGUGUAAAUCAAGCUAGAAAACGCUUCAAUAAAGCCAGUACAUGAUUGAUGGGGAAGCAGAAGCUUUUAUUAUCUCACUUCCCAAUAUUUGGUCAUUAAAAAGCUGUGUGUGGGUAUUAAGGCAGAUAUGGAAAACCUUUGGCCCUCCACACAUUGCUGAACUGCAGUGCCUAUCAUCCCUGGCCAUUGGCCACUUUUGCUGGGGCUGAUGGGAGUUGUAGUUCAGGAACAUAUGGGGCAAAGGGGUGGGGCAGAGGCUCCUCACACCUAGGUUAAGGGGAGCAGAGGAAAGCAGGAACCUGAGGAAGUUAAAAGGAAAAUGGGUUGCUGAGAGCAAGGGAUCAGAAUGAAGGAAGGGGUAAAGCCUUAUGAGUCCAGAGUAUAGAAACCUAGGGCUUAACUUGAGAAUAGAAGCUAGUGACUAAAGGGGUUGGCAAGGGACGUUGUGUAGUUUACAGUCCAUUUUAAGCAUGGUGGCAGGCCGCCUUCCAGAGUAAAAAGCUUGAAGGCUUUUUCUCAUUUUCUGAGAUGGGUAUGGUUGAGAGCAGUUGGCUAGCAGGAGGUGGUUUAUUAUGCUGGUGGUUGAAGUGUUCCAAACUUCAUUGUGUUGUUGGCCUGUGGUCGGAACAACCGGCUGGAUAUUUACUCAGAGGCCUGCAGCCAAAGUCUUAUAUCCUUUGACUCUUCACCUCUUAAGCUGACUUAUGUGGCCUCCUAGUUUUCCAACUCUGACUCCUUCCUCUGUUUUUCUCCCCUCUGCCCUCAUUCUGACCAUUUCCUCUCAGACCUUCAUUUUGAUAUUCAUGCUGCUUACAUCUCCUUUCCUAGGCCCAUCCAUGUGCCCUGCUUCUCUAGGGUAAGAGCAGCUCAGCAUGACCUCUUAAGAGUCAGAGCAGCUGAGCCAGUGGCAGCCAGAGACUUCAGGGCAGCUCUGCCGAUCACUGCCAGGAGCUUUGCCACUGGACAUUACAUGCUUUGUGUAAUUUGACAUGACUCACAAGUUGUGCUUCUUAAAGUUUGAGUUACUUUGGUGCACAAUAUUGUGUUUAAAGCACAAAGUACACCCCACCUUUUGGCAUACAUGCCUAAUCAGUUUAACUAAUAAGCUUCUUCAUGCAUACGUUACAGUUAUAUACAGUGGAACCUUGGGUUACGUUACCCUCGGGUAACGUAAACUUCGGGUUGCGAAAGCGGCAAACCUGGUAGUGUUUUGCCGCUCGUGCAUGUGCAGAAGCGGUCUACCACCGCAUGCACAUGUGCAGAAGCGGUCUCUCCGGUUGAGAAAACUUUGGGAUACAGCCAGACCUCCGGAACGGAUCCCGUUCGCAACCAGAAGUACCACUGUAUAAAAGAUGGUAGGGAGAUUUGAAUAACCUCUUACUGAAGUGGUUGGGCAAAUUUUACCUUUGUUCAUCAGUGUUCAAUGGCACUGUGGAAAUUGGGCUGGCCUGAUUGAUCUGGUAGAGCUUCUGCUUGGCAUGCAGAGGGUCCCAGGCGCAAUCCUCAGCAUCUUCAGGUAGGGCUGGGAGGAUCCCCUGCCUGAAAUUUGGGAGAGCCACUGCCAGUCAGUGUAGACAACACUGAACUAGAUGGUCAGACUCUGUAUUUGGCAGCUUCCUAUCUAGUGAAGCAUGGGCCUGAGCAUGUAGAUUCAGCUGGGCCUUGAUAGUUAGGAAAGGCACAUGGCUUAGAUGUCUCAUCUGCUCCACCACCAGUAAUAGACGUUUAGCCGGCACCAGCUACAUGAAGUGGGCUAGAAGAAGGCCCAGUGCUUUUAGAAUCUGCAGGGAAUGAAUCUCUGGCAGCUAUUCCAGGCUCCAGGAUCUUGCUGUUCCAUUUCCGUCAAGCCAUGCCAGAUUCUUGUCUGCUGCAAAACUGGUUUUUCCAUUCAAGCGCAGGAUUUUUGCACACUGAUGUGCACUUGGCUUAAGCAUUGUCAGAUAAGCAGCUUUAUCUGGCUCCCUUCAGAAUCUCCUUCCUACAGGAGGAAUGGGAAAAUCUCUCGCUUUUGUGAAAAGAGUGGGUGGGUGUCACUUUGGAGCUGCGGAUGAGCCUGCUGUUAAAGCUCACCCGUGAAUUUUGGAGGAGUUCAUACUUGGCAAUUCUUGUGCAAAAGAGCAAGGCUGAGUACCUGUGCACUGCCUCCCAUCCUUCUUGAGACAAUUGUCAUUGACUGUAAAAUGGCAGCUCAUAUACAAGCAGGGACUGAGGUGCAGAGAGAGUGGGGAGCUUUGAAGCACUGACUUGGCAUUCCCGGUGCAUGCAUGGCCAGUGCAUAUUCAGAACUACUAGCUAGUGUGUUGUUGAGGCUAGAAGGUUGAGUUUGGACUAGAGAGGGCCAGGUUCAAAUUCUGUCACCAGCCCCCAAGUUUGCUGGGUGUGCUCUCUCAGCCUCACCUACCUCACAGGGUGGUUGUAGGAUUAAAAAGGAGCAAGCCCAGAGAAGGAGGCUGGGAGAAUACCUUAACUAAAAAUGCUUCUUCCAGUAGAGCCAGAUUAGGACCUUAAUUUCCCACCCUCCCAAAGAAAAGAUUUCAAAUGCUUCUUAUGCCCAGGUCUCUUGCUUUCUUCUCUGCUCUGUAAGUAGAGAGGAAGCAAGGAGCCCUGAAUAGUGUUAAGGUGGUGGGAGAGUGCAAAUUCAUCCUGAUCUGUCCACUAGAGGAAAUCCAGCAAGCAGAUUGAGAUGUAAUGUUUGGAGAGGAUCACACCCUCUAUACUAGGAGGGGUGUGUGUGUUGACCCUAUGGCCCUCCAGAUGUCAUAGGACUCCAUAUAUCCCUUUACAGAAGAUUGAAACAUCGCUAGCAGAAUUCUUGGAAUCUCAAAUUAUGCAAUAAUACUCCAUGUGUUGGUACAUCUCCUUGAAGAAAAUUGUAAUUACCAUAUUUUUCAAGGCUUCUACUAAGUAAGGAUUGGUGGAAUGACAGAACUGUUUGAGCUGAUUUUCAUCUCUCUCUUUUUCCCUUCCUGCCACUUUCCCCUUUUGUGUUGUGUCUCUUAGACCGUAAUAUUGAGGGCGCUAACUGUUGGUGGGAUUGAUAUUUGUAAGCUGCUCUGGGAGUCCCCUUUCUCCCUCCCCAGCCCCAGUUAAGAGUGGAGUCAGAAUCCUUCACUCAGUCCAAUAUCUAAAUAGAAUACUGCUGCAGCUGUGUGUGGGUGUUCCCAGAAUGGUUUGGUUAUAGAAUUAAUGUGUAUUUUUGUUAAUAAGCAGUUUUGAGCACACGGAGAGGUAGAGUUUUAAACCACAUCCAAUAAAUAAAUAAAUCUUGUGGCUACUGCUCUUCCUUGGAGGUUUGCCAAAGUCAGAGCCUGAGCAUCUUUCCAGAAGUGCUUUGUAGAGACUCCUAUAUUUGGGCCUGUUUUUGAUGGCAGUCAAUUCUUUAUGUAGGUGGAAGCUGGGUGUAACUAGAGAUGGAUGAAUUUGUCAAUUUCACUUUCUCAUUUCCCCAUCCCUUUAGGUUCUCUUCUCUACAUUUCUCCAUCAGUUUAUGAUUUUUUAAAAUACAGUCGUACCUCAGUUCUCGAAUAGAAUGCAUUCCGGGAGUCCGUUUGACUCCUGGAAUCAUUUGAGAACCAAAACGUGGCUUCCAAUUGGCUGCAGGAGCAUCCUGCAGCCAAUCAGAAGCCAUGCCAGAUGUUCGGCUUCCGAAAAUCGGAACACUCACUUCUGGGAGCCAAGGUGUUCAGCUUCCAAGGUACGACUGUAUAAAAAGUUCUCACAAAAAUUCAUCAGCCCUUUACUGUGUACAAUCUCCUGAUAAUGCUUUUUUUGUUAGCAGUUUUGCCUUAUAUUAAAUGUAUUUUGCUAGGUUUUCUACUAAUAUGCGCAUUUUAUGUAUGCUUUCCCCUAAUAUUUGUACUUUUGUAUAUAUUUUUUGGUUUGAGAAUGCAUUGCAAAAUUUGGAGAAAUGUGAGUUUUGAAGGGUGGCUGCUUUAAAGUUUGCAUAUUGUUUCAGCAAGUAUGAGUUAGGAGGGUUCACUUUCAGAUUCAUACCAACCCAAAUUUUUCACCCCAUACGUAGGUGUAAUGUUGGCUUUUCCAUCAGCAGCCGGGAGUUGAAGAGCAAACAGGGAAUUCUGAGCUGACAGAAACCCAGCAGGUCUAACAGAAACUGAUGCAUCUUUCCACUGGGGAAUAAAAUGGGCAGGUCUUGGAUGAAAGUUGCCUUGCUUAUCGCUCUAGCUUCAGUUUUUAUUAGACAUGCUGGAUAUCCAGGAAUUUCAUAGACUUGCUGGCUCUCGAAACCCCUAAACUGCUGAUGGGGUGGGGAGAAGCCCCUGCAUCAUGGACUCUCGAUUUAGUAAGGCCACACGCUUCUGUGCAAAGAGCCAGUUAGAUCUCUGUGGAAUGUGCUGUCCUGGCUGCCCCCAGUUUUAAUUUCAGUCUGGUUUGGCAGCAUUGCUUGUUUCUAGAGUUAUGUCUCCUUUUUCGGCAACACCCGGAAAAACUGAGUUGUGCUGGUUCUGUUAGCUGUGCCUCCGGUCACCCUCCUGCACUAAGACUGCAUCUGUCAGUGCAACUUUGCUUGGCUUCCUGCUCCUAGAACCUCUCCCACAUUCAUAGAUUAUUAUUGUCUGUUACUCCUUCUCCCUAGCCUGAAACCGGUAAUCUAGCCUGGAAUAGGGCCAAUGCAGCUAGGCAGUGUGUCGCCAAACUGUUUAUAAGCUGGUGCAGAUUGUAUUAUCAAAUCAACCUGUGCAGGCUUCAAGUUCUCAGGAAGGUCAGGCAAGCACAGUUGAUUUAUCUGACACAAGAAGUCAGAUUUGGAUUAUCUGCUUUGGUGACUUUGUGGACCUGGUGCAAGCAUAGCAGUUUGAAUGUAGGUUUUGUGCCCAGGGUUCAGAAGAAGGAACCCUGGUUGAUGUUAACUGUGGUUAGGGUUGCUGCUGAUGUACCCCUUAACCAUGGUUGGGAUGAGUGAAUUUGCUCUCUGGAGGGGAUUCAACUGUCUCCUCAUGAUCCCUUACGAGUGAGUCAGUGGUAUUUCUUGACUUGCCCAUAUGGGGUGUGUAUGGAUGAGUGGAUGGAAGAGAGAUUUAUGGCCACAGCAGAUGGUCAAUAUCCAUUUUGGAUUAAAAGGAUGGGGCUAUCUAGGUCAGGAGGUGUUAGAAAAACAUGGCUGUUUUCUCUAGAUUAAGUUUAUCAUUAUUAUUAAUUACUUAUUGGACUUUUUAUGGCAUACAAUAUAAUAUAAAGAAGCAUUAAAACCAAUGUAAAGCCAAAACAAAAGCGGAAAACACUGAUAUACAUAAAAAGCAGUCUAACAAAUCCUGCCUGCUAAUAGAAACCAUGAUGUCUACCGCCCUCCAAAUUAAAGGCCAAAAGCCUAGCACCUAAAAGUAGCCUGUGAUGGUGCCAGGCCUGCUUCCCUUGUGAGAAAAUUCUACAAGUAGGGAGCUACCACUGAAAAAUGCAUUCUUGUGCUGUCACCGUCUGGAUGACCUGAGAUGAUGAACACAGAGUUAGAGCAGGCAGGCUAGAGAUGGCAGGUGUGGAUGGCCCUUUGCCUCCUGGUAUUCCCCAUGUGACUGCUGUUGGGGUAAAUUAAUAGGUUAGCAGCCAAAUUUGUGGUGAAAGGGGAUAAGUGCUCGUUCUUGCCGUCCAAGAUAAACUGUGCCAGGGCGUGUCCUUUCCAGUCAUAGUAACACCAUGAUUCUGCUGACUUUGUCUGUGAUCCUUAACAGCCCCUUUAAGGUAGGUCACUAUUCUUUCCAUUGCAGUGGUGAGUGUGUGCAAUUGUGGCUGAGACAAAAACAACUUGCCUUAGGCCAGUCUGUAACAGGUAGUCAUGCAGCUAAACUAAUAAAUCCAGAGCCUAAUUACCUUACCACCACCCUCCCUCUUUUGUUGGUAAUAUGUAUCACUUCACUUACGCCAAAAUGUGGUCAGCCAGUCCUGCUCCAUUAGGGCCCCCUGUCUGCUGACUGUGGUGCUGGAACCACUGGACAGAGGCACUUACCUGUUUAAUGUUUAUUCAGUUUAUUAGUUGCUUGCGCGUGAGAGUCUCUGAGCGACUUAAAACAUUUUAGGAGUGUACAGCUUGACAUAAAAUUGGGGCUGGGGGAUCAGUUAGUUGCAAUAAGAGCCAUACAAUAACCUAUGGAAAAAACAGGGAAGAUUUCAACAGCAAAAACAUGCCAUUAAUAGAAAGCACAACCGCAGUAAUUCCCCAAAUACCCGGGAGAAUUUUUUUUACCUGGCCCUGAAAGGUGGUUAAUGGUGGCACCAGACAGAACCCACCAGGGAGAUGUGAACUGAGUUGACUUUGCUGGCUCACAGCCCCGUCUCAUCACCUGUGUGCUAGCUCUCCUAGAAAGAUUGGGCAAGGGUCAUAGCUCAGUGGGAGAGCUUUAAUGCAGAAGUUCCCAGGUUCAAUCCCUGGCAUCUCCAGGUAGGGCUUGGAGGGAUUCACUUUCUGAAACACUGGGCAGAUGCUGCCAGCCAGUGUAGGCAGUACUGGCUCUGUAUAAGGCAGCAUCCUAUGUUCCUGUGCUUUCACCUAGCAUCACUGUAGACUCAGAGGAUUGGCCCUGGUGGGCUAUUCCUGAUGCAAGUUCAUUGGCACACUUGAACCGGGGCCUCAAAAUGUGCCUAGGUGGCAUUCCUACUGUGUGUGGCACCAGAAGGCCAUCAGAGAGGCAACCUGGUGUGUCUGCUGGCAGUGAGCUGUGCACUUACUUCCUCUUGAGGCCGUUCUGCAUCCCGGCUUUUUUCCAGCCCCCAUGUGAAAACAAAGGGGACCUUGUCCAGCCCCCCGAACUCCUAAUGAAUCGUCUAGCCUGUUCACAGAGGUACACAAAGGCCUGUUUAGGCAGCCCUGAGAGCCUCAGGCACAAGCAGUUGGGUCCAUUCCAAGCAUCAGAUUAAAAGAUCCCUAGCCCCCUCCUCUCUACCCCCCCCCCAAUGAGCAGGCCUUACUGCCUCAGCCAAAUGAUUCAGGAGGAAAAAACAUUAGAGCGCCUGUUCAUCCUGCACCAAGAAUGAGGAACCUGUGGCCCUCCAGAUGGUGCUGGACUUCUUCGUAAAGCAGCUUCCAAUGCUGGCCAUCUGUGGAGAAUGUUUGAGGCUUUCUGCAAUGGAUGGUUCCCAUUUCCUUCAUGCUUGGCUCAGAAUGUGUUGAAGGAGUGCAUUAUAGGCUCCCUAUCGCUCAGUGCCUGUAGCUGAAUUGCAUGUUUAAGCCAGGCACAGAGCUGGUUCUCCCUUCUCUCCCCCCCCCCCAAAUCCCAGGUGCUUUGGCACAAUCUCAGCACAAUCAGCCAAGGAAUUCUUGGCAUUUAGUUCUGUUGCCUACCUUAAGCCUUUGCUGGAGUAAGUGGGUUUAAAAUGUACAUUCUCUAGUACUGUGAGAAUGCAAGUGACUCAAAAGGGUAAAAAAAUGAAUAAACCAUGUACAGUUAUUGAUUAUACAGUUAUUGGCUGCUUGUUGAGACUUGUUCAAGGGAAACUGGCCUUGGUGGUGACUUCUGCCUAUUGAUACAUCGAGGCACUGUUGCCCGAUUACCAUGCUUAUCGGCAGGCCUUGGCUUAUGUCUUGCAUCUGCAGGUGUGCAGAAUGGAAUCUAGAUUGAAACUGUGUGAUGUGGGGGGGGGCCCUUCCAGUUCUGGGGAGGAUGUGUUUUUAAAAUAAGCACCUGGAGAAGGUUUAGGGCCCUGGUGGAGAACCUCAAUCCUGUGAACAAAAGUGGCCUUCCAGGCUGCUCCACUUACUGGCUCUGCUUCACACCUGAAAUGUGUUUGCUUGGCUUGUCUUGUCCUUGAACUCUGAUUCUGCUUGCUUCCAUGGAUGGAGGAUGCAGAGGGAAGUGUGAAUGUGUGCGGGAACUAGCCUGCUGUACUAAGCUAAAGUUUGCAUUGCUUGCUCUGCCCCCAUUGGCCUGUGGCCCUUGGAAGGUUUUCUAGGAGGGAAUGUGGCCCUUGUUCCCCACCUGUGGUUUAGGGCUGAUUCUCUGUAAAGGGUGACUUAAGACUUAUCAUGGGCAAGCGCAUCUGUGCAUUGCCCCAAGAAGAUUUUUCUCCCUACCUUCUUUCUUCCUACCAAGGGUGGCAUUUGGCCCUCGCUGGACUACAAUUCCCAUAAUCACUUACUAUUGGCCAUGCUGGCUGCUGCUCAUGCGAGUUGAAGUCUAUUGACAUCUGGAGGGCCCCAGGUUAGCCACAAAGUGGUGAGAGUUCAGCUCCUAUUCUGUGCUUGAAAUCCCCCCUCCCCAUUUCAUAGUACAUUGACAGGACGUGCAUUGAGUUCAGUCACCACUGCCAAGCCUUAUUGUGCUCUUGGAAAAAGCUCCUGCUAGUUGAAAGGAUCUGUACAAAAUUCUCCAGGCCAAAAAAUCCUCUUAAUUUUUGACCUUGUGACCUUGGAAAAAAUGGUCUGAUUUAUCCUACUGGGGUCACACACACACCAGUAUUUGGUAUUGCUUGGGGACAGAGUUUUGCCCUACUUAAAGCAAGCCAGUGAACUCCUGGACAUGAUGUUUAGGGCUCAAUUUCCUCCACCAGCCAUUCUCUGUGCAUUGCUGUCACUCCUAUCUGCCCAGUCUUUUGACUGCAGCCUGUGCUGGCUUCUCCCUUCUGCUACUCUUCUUGCAUUGCAAGAGGCCUGGAGGGGGGAGGAAGUGAGUGGACUGGGCUUUGGCUUUUCAGCGUUAGAAAUUCCAUAAAUGCACAUUUCCGGCAGAGAAAGUGGGAGCAGCCAGCUCAGUUCCAAGGUGGGCGGGAUGGUUUGGCCUUGUCUACUUCCUUUUUUUUCUAUUAAAAAAAUGCCUCCUGAUUCCCUGGCCCAGCUUCUGAAAACUUUGCCUGACCCUGAUUUGCAGAUUGUAUGGUAACUAGUUGUGCUUGCUGAACCUAGGGAGUUGCGUAGCUGGUGCCUGUUCUGUGUUGGCGGUUGCUUUCCUCACUUAUGGGGUGCUCCAGCUCUGCUACCCCCCUCCUGUGCGGCACAGAUGGGGUUUAUUGGGGCUGGCUCAAGACUGUUUGCUGCCUGAGGUGCAGGAUAAUAUGGUCCCCUUCUCCCAGGUUUCCAUGUAUACUAAGCCAAUUACUGUGAUGUGCUGUGGGGGGCGGGGGAGGCUAUGCUUGGGGUUGGUCCAGGGACUGUAUCUGCUGCUGAAUGCAGCAUCUUACAAUUGGUUCAUCUGUUUUCUUUCCCUAAGGAAUCCUGGGAAUUGUGGUUUGAGGUUGAUGAGAAUUCCCAAGCUGAGUUCCAGCCUACAAUUCCCAGGAAUCCCUAGGGAGCGAGGACUAUGAUUAUAGCAGUCCCAUUGUUGUGGUGGGUGUGCCUUCAAUAUUUGGCAGAAUGUAGCAACCCUGUCAGAUGGGUGGCGUGUAAAUAUAUUAUUAAUAUUAAUAUUGCAGUUUGCAUAUUGGCAGAGUGACUCAUGGAUUACAGUUGAGAGAGGGUGCUUGCUUUGUGAUGGAAGUGCAGGAGGUAGCGGAUUAUGAUCCAAAGAAGCUCAGUGUGUACAUGGACGUAGCCAAGGGAGGCGGGGGGGGGGGGCAGCUGCCCCUAUCAAUAAAAAUGAAUACAAUACAAAACCAUACCAUACAAAUACCUUUAUUGGCAUUACAAGUUUAGAUAUUUCAAAUCCGUGGGAUAAAUUUAAAAAGGACAUGAGUGAGGCUGUCUAGGGUCACAAGACACUCAAUUGUUCUGCUUCACCCUGUCUAUUCCCUAGACUAGAGGGGUGAUUCAUUAAGAACCCUUUCGGGGGAAAUCAAUACUGUACAUACCUGAGGUUCUGCCCUCCCCUAACAAAAAUCCUGGCUACAACCAUGAGUGUGUAAGUCAUCUUUGAAACUUAGCAGAGCCUAGUUUUUGUCUCACCUGGAUGGGGGAGUGCUGAGGAAUCUCUUGUAUGCAAUUGGCUUUUUACAGCUUGGAAAGUCACAUGGAAAGACAUUGAAAAGUAUGGAACGAAUGGAUGAUUAACAGCAAAUUGGGAUGAAUGUUAAUUUUUGCAUAACCGCCCCGUAAACAGACCCAAGCAAAAACUCAGUAAAUACCAGACAUAGUCUAACCGCUAUGUAAGCUUUGUGCAACCAAAUCAGGAUGAAUGAACAGGUCUUCUGGAAGAGCCCAAGGUUUUUAGACAUGGAAGUGAUUCCUAUAGCCUGGGAAGGGUGGCUGUUAACUGGGUGGUUCCAGAUGGGGCUUGCAAAUAGAUCAGAGAGAAAAUGGGAGUUUGGCAAUGGUGUGGUUUUGUUGUUGUUUUGCUUCUCACAUUUGGCGUUGGGAGUUGUAGCCCAGCCACAUCUGGAGGCCGACAGCUUUCUCACUACUGUGAUAGACUGAUCACCUUCAGAGGGGUAAAUUGGCCUUUUACCUUCAUUUUCCUAGGCUGGAGGAGGUGCCGUUGGAGGUGCUGAGGCAGAGGGAAUCCAAGUGGCUAGAUAUGCUCAACAACUGGGACAAGUGGAUGGCAAAGAAACACAAAAAGGUGAGUCGCUGGCCAAGCGUCGGGUGAUGGCUGUUGCUCUCUUCCUCUUUCUUUCACCGUAUUAUGUUUUUUAACACUUGCUGAACAUUCCUGUGCCACAUUGUCUUCUGCUAUAGCCGCAGUUGAUGUGUAGAGCCACUCUUGGGCAGGGCGAUACAUGCUGUGACCCAGUCACUACAGACUUUACCUUUCCUCUGUUUCCUGUGCUCUUUGCUUCCUUUCUUUGCCAGAAUGUUAAAAAACGAAACAAUUUGCAACAUGAGAUAAUCACAUGAAUGAUGCAAAAGUCAGUGCACCAUAUUUUUUUUGGGGGGGGAGUGUUGUUUCUGCGCUCCAGGUUAGGACUCCACCUUCCCAGGUGGUCCGUUUUAGCAGCAGAUCAUCCUGCUUUUCAUAACAUCUUCCACAUCAAGGGCUUUUGGCAGUGUAUCAUGAUGACGCAUCCGAAGGGCAAUCAGACUGCCUUGCCCUCCCACAAUUUCCCCUUUCUGCCUCUUGCAUUUCAGCAUCUUGAUUGAGAGCAGACUGCGCACUCAAACAGGCAAGGUGGCUUGAACUAUACUUCUACCCAAGGCAGGCUUCCUGAUGCAAAAUGUCUCCCUGUGAUGAGGGCUCAGGGCUUGUGUUGCCCUGCCUCUGUGUGUCAGCGAAACCCUUUCUGCUUUGAUCUGACUUGGCCAUGCUGCAAAGCUUGCCGCAGAUUGCUGGGAAAGGCUUCCAGUCAGCCUCUUGGCAGGGCUUAUUAUCCUGAAUCAAAGCUUUUGUUUACACAGGCUGGGAAUCCCAGGAUGUACUUAACCCGCUGUGGACUUCUUUAUACUGUCAGUUUAUCCCAAGAUGAUAACAUUUGGAUUUGUGCUUGCAUGGGCAUGCAAGAGUCUUCCUAACCUUGCCGGAAUCGGUAACUCACACCCCUGUCCAUUCUCUAUAUGGACUACUAAUGCAUGACACAUAUAGAGCACUCUUUGAUUAUCUCAUUUGUAAAACACCCCUGUUAGGUAGCUCCAUAUGCUGGAUGAAAGAGGGGGACAAGGAGAGAAUGCUUAAGUCCUGCCUGCUAGGUUGUUGUUUAUUAAAUUUAUAUACCGUCCUUCAUUCAAAGUUCGGUUCAGAUACAACACUCAUGAUCAGGGACAUACUGAAAGCUCAUACCCUCACAUUCCCUUUGCACUGUAGGAAAAACAUCAGGAAGAACUUUCUGACAGUAAGAGCUGUUUGAUAGUGGAACAGACUACCACGAGAGGUGGUGGAUUCUCCUUCCUUGGAGGUUUUUAAGCAGAUGUAUGAUUUGGCUGAGAUUCCUGCAUUGCAAGGGGUUGAACAAGAUGACCCUCAAAGUCUCUUCCAACUCUACAAUUCUGGGGUUCUAUUUUUUUCUAUUUAGCACAAACCACACUUCACUAUAAACAUCUGAGCCAUGAUCAAACUGCAGUGGCUGGUAGGAUAGAAGGCAGGGAGCCAGGGACAAAGACAAGCAGAGCCAGCUAAUUCUGGUUUUGAUGGCAUUCUCUCCCCUACUGAGUUCUGCAAAGGUAACACUGAAGCUAAGGUUUGCCACCCGCUGGCAGAGCUGGUGAGGGCUGGCGGAGGUUAAUGGGGCAGUACUUUAUUCACCCUCAUGAACCAGCCUCCACUGAUCAAACUGUGGUUCACAAUUCUAGCUUGCAGAAUGUGAGUCUGGGGCCUUCACUUGCAUGACUUCCGAAUUGUGGUUUGGUGACCAAAUAGAGCCAUCUCUACUGGUUGAUAAUCCUCACUGACUUCCAUAGCAGUGACUGCAGUCCCUCAUAAUCGGUAUGCUGACCAACUUGGCCAAGUAAAGCAAACGCAUUGAUAAACCUCACAAAUCCAUUGUGCCAGCAACCUGCAGUGAUUCAAGAUACUUGUCAGACGGAGCUUGGCCCUAAAGUGCUUCUUAGGUCUUCCAAGUUUUUUCCUGUUCUGGACUCAAAUAGUAAGAAUUAAAAAACAAACAAACCCAAAGCAAAAUCAAAAACAGUAGGAAUAAUUGUGGCUUGAUGGUGAAGCUAAGCAUUUCCUGUUAACAUUUCAUUCUUGGUCUUAGUGCCCCCUCCUCAACCCCAUCAUAGGAGGGGGGGCUUGCUAAACAUACAGGCUUUGUGGACAGGGAUCUCUCAACAGGACUUGUUAUCCUGCAUCAAAUCCCUUGUAUGCACAGGCUGGGAAUCCCCCUUUUUUCCUGUUUACACUGUCGGCUCAUCCCAUGAUAACAGCUUCUGCUUUGUGCAGACAGAAUCUGCCAUCCCUGCCAAGAUCAGUGACUCUGUACCCAGAAAUUCCCAGGGAUCCUUUGUCCUGCUGGGCCUUUUAAUUGUUCUGUCUCCCUGCACCGCCCCCAUGCAAAGCUGGAAUCCAUCUGCUUCCCUAAUCGAGAGGAGCUUGGCUCAGCUUUGUUGAGACAGAGCUUUCAACAAGCGGCAUCCAGUUAAACUCCUCCUGUCUGUUUCCUUCCUGCCUGUGAAGUCACCAAGCAAGAUAGCACUGCUGUGUGUGUAUUUUGGGACACUCCCUGGCACUUUUGAGCCUGCUGUCCUACCAGCUGUGGCAUAGGACAGGCUUAGAGCUCCCCCUGCAGAACCUCCCUUGGAGGUGAUCAGAGUGGGCUUUAAGAGUGCAGUCUUAAACUGGAAGAACUAGGAACUUGGGAUUGAUGUGGGUAAGCCUCACCACGGAGCCAGAGUUUGGAAGGUAGCGAAAGUAGCCAUAAACAUUCUAGCAGGUUGUCUUACCCAAAAUACUUUGAUCACUUCUUACACAAAAAUCCCUCUGUUGUAUUUUUUGGAGGUGCAGCCCAACACCCCCCCCCCCCGCCGCCUUUCUGGAGAGAUCAAAGGUGGGAGUGUACGGAGAUAGAAACCCCAACUGAAGUGUAAUCAGAUUGGUGAACUGGAUCAGUGUCUGACAUGCCUUGUCAAAGUGUGUAGGGCACAAACUAGUAGCUUCUACACGAUACCAAAGGCUCGUCUGGUAAAGUCCCUGGUUUUCCAUGCAACCAUGAAGACUAGGAACUUUUGUCCUAAAAACCCAUGCUGCUUAGGAUUUUGUAGGAACUAUUGAAACAGACACCAUGCUUCAUCAUAUGGGGCACAGCUAUGCCUUGGACACAGCCCUGCCCCACCCCCUUUCCCCAACUUCCCUCUUAAGUAACGAGAGGAGUUAGAAUGCAGGUAGCUCGGGGGCACCUGUCAGGCCAACUUCCCUGGUUAUGGGUGGCUGGGUGGGAGAACCAAAAUAAAUAAAAGCAUGUUGCAAGUACCAUUCCAAUGGAAAAUACAUUUCCCCUCUUAUUUUUGUGCCCAACUUAACUUGUAUUCACCUGCACAAAAGGUGGCUGGAUUUUGCAACCUGAAUCAAUGGUGCCACAUCACGCCUGCCCCCACUUCUGUUGGGCACGGGGUGGGUGGGUUUAAAGGGACUGUGCGGUUCUCUGAAGCCUCCUUGGCCCUGGCAAGUUCUGCCCACUUCCCCAGGUCAGCUUUUGAAUUUGCACCUGGCACGUCCCAGAGGAGGCCUUUCCCUUUGUGACUGCAAAUUCCUGGCAGCACUUGCUCUGUCAAUGUGCCAGCCCUACAGGGAGCCCAUCGCCUCUACCGACUGUGUUUUCAAGCUCUUUCCUAGAAUGGGCUGAACCUUGCUCCCUGUGGGGCCCUGACAACUGCAAACUUUUCAAUGCUUCCCCCCUUCAGGCUGUCUGUUUCUUCUCCUGUGCUUUCCCUGGCUCCUCCUCCACCCCAACAUCAAAGAGUCUGGCAGGAGGUAGGAGUUUGCAUCCGAAGUUGCCUUUGGCACUAGCAGUGCAAGCUGCCUUUCCCACAGACCCUGGGAUGGGUGGGGUGGGGAGAGAGAAAGGUCUGCCUGCAACUGGUUUUCGUCGAUGUGGACUCUUGUGGCCAGGCCCUGCCUUAGACUGCUGACUCCUCUGUCUGCACUAGACCUUCAGAUUUCCUUUGUUUUCCAGCAUUUAAUCUCUGGCGCCUUCCCAUGAAUGCAACUGCAUCCCGUGUUGACUUUUCUCUCUGCCUGCCCACAGCCCGCCCCCCAUCCAUAUCCAAACAUGCUCUGCUGUUUUGGAGUGUCUGUCCUUGAUUUUUUUCUAAGGAACCCCUUAGCUUCCCACCCCCAUGCAAAUCUAUAGUGUUUGAUUUAGGGGAUUGAUAUUCACUGCUUCCUAUAUCAAAGAAAAUCUCAAGCCAUUUACAGCAACUUAAAAAGAUCACGAAUAAAAUGACAAACACAGAAAAGUAGUAAAAAGAAAUUCACAUUUUAGAGCAGCACAGAUAAAAUAUGCAAGCGUGUAGUUAGAGUUGGCAGCACCACUUUUGCUUCUGCUGCUGUCACCCUAGCUUAGAUUUCCUGUAGAGUCAUGUUGUUGUUGUUGUUGUUGUUGUAUUCUGCAGCACAUUACUGAUGCAAUAAUAGUGCAUUAAUGGUGGAUUUAUACUGAACUGUCCACAUGUUGCUCCAGUUUAUUAGCUGUUCUGCUAUGCAUCCCCAGUGUUGCAGCAAUACUGCUGCCUGGAGGGGCUCUCUUGUGCACUGCAGCUCAAUGAAAGUAGGUGACCCCCACCCCCACCCCUCUGAAUUUUUGUGGCAUGAAAAGUUACAAGGUUUUAGCAGGAAGCUACGGGAUGUGCACUGUUGGAAAUGAAGCAGUCCAUCCAACUCAGUGUUUGUAAGUGCAAGCAGUAUUGAGAACAAGUUCAUAUGUCACCUUUCCAGUACUGUCAAUGCACAAUAAAACAGAUGUCUAGAGGGGGCCCUGAGUUCAUGGUAAAGAGAUAGGUGCCUUUGUAUGGGCCUGUGAGCUACUAAACACACAGCUGCCUUCUGGGUUUCAUCCUACAAGCAACCCAGUCAGGCAUUGGGACGCCUGACCCUGCUUUCUGUGUUCGUGUGCAAUUCUUGCAUGCUGUGUUUAAUACGGCUUUCUCACACCUCUGCAAUAACUCUUUUGCCUUUUCAGAUCCGGCUGCGAUGCCAGAAGGGGAUCCCACCAUCGCUGCGGGGUAGGGCCUGGCAGUACCUCUCUGGAGGCAAAGUCAAGUUGGAGCAGAAUUCCGGGAAGUUUGAUGUAAGGCGUUUCUCGAGGCGGGAUAAGACGACCUCUCUGCCCCCAUUCCUACAGUGCAGAGUUAUUCAAGGGCAUCUGCUACCAUGUGAUGUGCUGACUUCUCGGUUGCUUAGAUGGAAAAGUCCAUGUGACUUAGGAGGACUGUAAAGAUGCAUUUAACACUUUGUGUAAUUCGGACCCUGCUCUGAUCCUGUGAGGCAACUCACUUUUUUUAAAAGGGCAAAGUCUGCAAAAAGGCGCUAAAAUGUAACCAAGUCUCUGGACAUUGCACCCUUAACAAAAAAUUGAACAUGUCGUUUUGGUGCUGAAUAAUUUCUCUAGCGCAAGUAACGAAAAGGGGUUCCUUCUCUGUGGCAUUGUGCAUGCAUAUAUAAAUGAGAACAAACAUGGGCAGACGCAAAGAUCAAGAGGUAAACACUGCCAUCAGGGUUGAUAGCCAUUGAUGGACAAAUUGUCUGACCUGCUGUAAGGCAGCUUUCUCUGAUCCUGUUAUGUGCACCCUAGUUCAGGGAUACUAGAGUGUUUUCUGCUUCAACCCCUCUAGUGUCAAUCACAGAGGAUAAAGCUAUCAAUGGCUAUGCUCUGCCUUCAUAGUUGGAGGCAGUAAUGCUUCUGAAAACCGGUUCCUGGAAGCCACAGCAGGGGAAAGUGCUCAGGUCCUGCUUGAGGGUCUCCCACAGACAUCUGGGUAGCCGCUGUGAGAACAGGAGGCCGGACUAGAGGGACCAUUGGCCUGAUCCAUCUGACUCUUCUGAUGUUCUUAUUGAGGUGUACAUUUCCUCCUUCACUCGUGGAGGGAGGUGGUGUUUGUUGUCCUCACCUUUAACCCACAGUGUCAACACUCCCUCAUUUGAGAGUCUGUCUUGUCGUUGCCCAUCUUACUAUUUCCCCCUGCACAAGGAUCUCUUAAGCAUCCACUUUGGUGUAUCUUUAACAGCAUCAAUCCAGAGGAGAUCACCUUGGAUACUUGGGGGAAAACCUCUCCCAACAACUCAUUUUCUAUCACAGUCUCACAACUAACAAAGUGGGUACUCUGUCUGUUCCCCAGGAGCUGGAUUUGGCGCCGGGAGACCCCAAGUGGCUGGAUGUGAUCGAGCGGGAUCUCCACAGGCAGUUUCCCUUCCACGAAAUGUUUGUUGCUCGUGGAGGACAUGGGUAAGCCAGAAUGUCUCUCCUCUUGUCAAAUACCAGCUGAUCCUUAUUGUUCAAGGCAAACACGUGGGCACCCACCUUCCCCGCCCAGUGGCUUGGUGACCCCAGCGUUGGGCAGGCUUCCCAGCUUUUCUUUAGGUGUGUGUUGCAGGUUGCCUAGCGUUGUGUUGUUGGCAUUGUCUGAAAUCUCUUUGGCAACCCCACUUGACCCUCUUGUCUUGCUGGCGGGGGCUGAGGAAAGUGGAUUAGCAGAGGGCAGUGACUAUAAGGAAGUUCUCUCUGCCAGGUAUUCAGGUUGCCUUGACCACCUGGGCACGUCUGGCAUACAAAGAGAUGCAGUUCUGGGCAUGCCUGACAAAUCUUUGGGGUGGGAGGGUUGCCUGGGGAGGGAAGAAAACAAUACCCUUGGGCAAAUAGAGGCAGUUCACUUUCCUUUCAGACCAUGGAAGCCAUCAGCUGCCAUCAAUCUGUUUUAUUAUUGUUAGGGAUAUUCACAGGGCUGUGAGCAUUUGGUGCAGUAUUUCAGGUUACCUUUUGGCACCAAGGGCAGCUGAAUCCUGCUGCCUCCGUGGCUCAGGCAAAUAAGCAAGCUUGCAUCAUGAUUUGGUGUGAUUACAUCGGUUGUAGUUCUACAACUUUGUACUCUUACCUCCCUCUCCCUGCUUUUGCUAGUAAUGGAAAAGGGCAAGGGGCCAAAGUCUCAACUCUGAUCGCUAGGUUCCUUCCCUCUUUGGAGAACUGAAAUUCAGCUCAUGGUGAGGGACAAGGAGAACCGCUUUGAAAUUUCAUUGAGAACUUCCAAGCUUAGCUAAUCUCCAAGGCUCUGCCAAGGGAAUGGAAAUUCUACUAAGCAAACCACAAGCAUGAUUGUUUUCAGGUAGCCAAACAUGACGUUUUGUUUUUUGUUUUAACACCGCUUUUCAACCACUCAGAGCCCUUUCAGUAAAAGCAAUCCUUCUUUGGACAGGGCAUGGGAGCCUGUGGCCCUCCAGAUGUUCAUGGGCUCCCGUCUCUCCACAGCCAGCAUGGUGAAUGGUCAGAGAUGCUGGGAGUUGUGGUCCAGUGACAUCCAGAGGGCCAAGGUUUCCUACACUUGCCUUAAAACAACCUUGCAAAAUAGGCCUCCCCAGAGUGGCAGAUGGGGUGGUGCAGCAGCAAAGAGGCAAGAUUUGAACCCAGGACUCUGUAAGCUGAAGUUCGUUCUGUGAUCCCUACUGUGGACGUCAUCUCUCUCCUGGCUUGCAUGCAAUUUCGAGUCCUUGAGGGCUCCACUUAUGAGCAGCAGACUUUGCAUUCCCUUAGUUCUCAUGCCUGUGGUAUGGGUUGCUCUUUCCCUCAGGCAGCAAGACUUAUUCCGGGUACUGAAGGCCUACACACUCUAUCGGCCAGAGGAAGGUUACUGCCAGGCCCAAGCUCCAAUUGCUGCAGUGUUGUUGAUGCACAUGCCUGCAGAGGUAGGUGAUGCUUUGCUUGGAACAGAGGUUCCCCGAUUGAUUUCUUACAUUUGUAUCCCAACUUUACCUCCAAGGAGCUUGAGGUGCCAUUCAUAGUUCUCCCCUCAUAGAUCAACCUAAUCAACCUGUUGGGUUGAUUCUCGCUUCCAUCUAAGACGGGGAUAGGGAAUCUUUUUGGCUCCACAGGUCAGACCCUCAUUGGACCCCCUGGCAGGCCAAGAUUGUUUGGGUCAGCAGCCCUUGGGGAGAGAAGGUGUUUCAGCCCCCAUACACAUCCUGUGCUGUCUGUUUAAAUUUGCUUAAAAGGGCGGGGGUCUCUGUGCUCUGACAUGGACCUUGCGGUUCUUCCUGCAGUGGUACUUCACACUUCUCUUAUCUGGAAUCUGGCUUUGAAAGCAAUUUGGGACCCAGUAACCGUGGCCCUGGAUUUGCACCCCAAACUCCCGGGAAUCUUUAGCCAGACUUAUCCAUAUCCACACAAGGUAUUGCAUGUCAGGCACAGCUCCACAUGGUGAGCUGAAGAAGCCCCUUGUGCAUUCCCCCCCCCCCCCCGCGCGCUUCGAUGUAGUUGAAACUGCUGGAGAUGUCCAGGCAGCUGCUCUGUCCCAAUGGCUGCUGCUUCCUGCUCUCUGUGUGCUGCUCACUUACAAUGUUGCCUCUCUGGGAGCAUUGGGAGUGAGUGGGGUGCAUGAAGCAGCUAUGAAUAGUUGCUUAAGAAGGGGAGAUUUUCUCUGUUGCAGCUCCUCCCAUCAUGGGACUGCACAGAUGGGGAAAGCGGUGGGGUGGGUGUUAAAUCAGUCUGCACAGUGACCACUUUGAAUGCACGUUGCUCCAAUCAGCUCUGUGCUGUGCUUCAGAGUGAUGCCUUUCCUCCUUUUUCCUUCCUGCCCUCAGCAAGCGUUCUGGUGCCUUGUGCAGAUCUGUGAGAAGUACCUUCCUGGCUACUACAGUGAGAAGCUGGUGAGUUAACUGGAGCAAUCCUGAAUGCCCCUUUUGACAGGGGCAGGCUAGUCCAAGGGAUGGCAACUUCUUCGAUCUUCAGUCUGUGUUGCCCCUUGUAGAAUUCAGCAGGGAGGAGGAAGGGGACAUGGAAUAAUAGAAUUGUAGAGUUGGAAGAGGCUGCAAGGAUAAUCUAAGUCGAAACCUCCACAAUGCAGCAAGCACAGUUAACGAAUCCCUGACAGAGGGCCAUCCAACCUCUGUUCAAAAGUUCUUCAUAAUGCUUAGUCGAAAUCUCCUUUCUUGUCAUUUGAAUCCAUUAGUUUGGGUCCUCUGCUCUGGAGCGGCAGAAAACCAGCUCACUCCCAUCUUCUACGGAACAGCUCUCCAGAUAUUUGAAGAUAGCUGUUGUAUCGGCUCUUUGUCUUCUCUUCCGCAGGCUAACCACACCCAAUUCCCUCAAAAUCAUGCUGAGUGGUAGAGCAUUGCCCUUGCAAGCAGACAAUCCCUGGUUCAAUCCUCUAGAGCUUGGGGAGAGACUGAAAUGCCACAGAGGUGCUGCCUGUCAGUGUAAAUAGCCCUGAGCAGCAUGGGCCCAAUGGCCUGACUUGGCAUAAGGCAUCUCCCUAUGUUCCUUUUGGCCUUCAACCUGUCAUGUGACCAGCAGGAGUUGAGCAUGUGGUCCUGUGACAACCCAGGCCUUUCCUUACCCCUUUGCCUGCCCUUGACCCAGGUUCCUUCCCUCUCUCUCUCUCCAUGCGCAGGAGGCCAUCCAGCUGGAUGGGGAGAUCCUCUUCUCUCUCCUGCACAAGGUCUCCCCUGUGGCCUACAAGCAUCUGAGCAAGCAGAAGAUUGACCCCAUCCUGUACAUGACAGAGUGGUUUAUGUGCGCCUUCUCCAGGACAUUGCCCUGGAGUUCUGUGCUCCGCGUUUGGGACAUGUUUUUCUGCGAAGGUACCGUCUUGGGUGGGGCCCCUUGAAUCCCUUUGCUAAGUGGACCGGGGAGACCAAGGGGGUGAGGCACACUUGGCUGCAUUAGGGUGAGGGAUAAUCCCAGCUUAUCCUCCUGCCUCUGGCUCCACAACCAUAGAGGGGGGCUUUUUAUGCCCGGGCUGGGGGACCUGUGCCCCCCACCCCCCUGAUAUCACUGGACUCCAGGAGUAGCCAGCAUCGCUAGUGGUCAGGGCUGACGUGAGUCCACGAGCGUUUGGAAGGCCGCAGCUUCCCUGUCUCUGUAUUUUAAGCCCACUGGAGAAAGUUUCCUUCUGGAACAGGCUACUGUUCCCAGGUUCCUUGAUAACAAAUUUGUCCUACUUUAUAGCAGGCUCUUCCCAUUUUUGCCUCUGGCCCUGUCUAGCUCCGGAAAGUGGCCCCCAGAAGGUUGUCCCCCAUAUCUGGUUAGGUCACAUAAGCAUGAGGGUCUCCUAAAACUGCAGAUGUGGGGCAAGCAGCAUUCUCAAUGCUGAACUUUCAUCUUCCACUUUGGGAGAAUCCAUUUGUGUUGAAAUGCUGCCUCCUGCUGGUAAUUGGCAUAUGUGCAUCUUUAUACAGUGGUGCCCCGCAAGACGAAUGCCUCGCAAGACGGAAAACCCGCUAGACGAAAGGGUUUUCCGUUUUCAAUGCCCUUCGCAGGACGAAUUUCCCUAUAGGCUUGCUUCGCAAGACGAAAAUGUCUUGCGAGUCUAGAGAUUUUUUUUCGCUUUUCCCCCCCUUUAUCUAAUCUGCUAAGCCUUUAAUAGCCUUUAAUAGCCUUUUAGCAGCUAAUCCCCUAAGCCUUUAAGCCUUUAAUAGCCGCUAAACCGCUAAUAGCGCUAAUCCGUUAAGCCGCUAAUAGGGUUGCUUCGCAAGACGAAAAAACCGCUAGACGAAGACUCUCGCGGAACGGAUUAAUUUCGUCUUGCGAGGCACCACUGUAUUGAGGAAUGCCAGAACUUCAUUCCCAGAUUGUGUAUAUCUGCAUGGCAGCAAUAUGCAGCUUGUUUGAUCCUUGUAUCCACACUGUGGGGUCUGUGUGUGAGAGAGAUCCAAGAUCACCAGUAGACUUUGUAGCUGAGGACGGGGGGAUUUCGACCCACACCCUUUGGCUCAAAAUCUAACACUCUCUUUCCUUCUACUACAGCACACUGAUGGCUCUCCUCUUAAAUGUAAAGCCAUACUUCCUUACUUGAGGAAGAAUGGGAAGGUGGAAGACCUCUGUGCAUGUUGAGUGUGUGUUGAUCAGGUGGUAUUGGGCAUUUCCUGCUGAGGAAGGUGACUAAAAAGCCUAGAUUGGCCCUGUUUUUACCAGCGUAACAGUGCUUGGGCGAAUUCUGUCUCUGAGGCAGGGGUGUGGGGAACCAUUUUUCAGCCUGAUGGCUGCAGUUCCUUGUGUGCAAACUCAGUGGGCCCCGAGGCAAAAGUGGGUGAGUCUCACCAUUGUAUAGAGCACACACCUCAAAGUCAGAGAGUUCUCCAGGCACCCCUCUCCAUCCCCCAUCCAGACAAGCCAAGAGUUCAAAGAUGGGAUUCCAUCCAGGCAACAGCACCUGGAGGAGGUGCAGCAGGAUCUGUAAGGCAAUGUGGCUUAGGGAGGGUGUGUGGCACCUGGGGUGAGUCCUGAGAGUCAGGUGGAGAGGCUGGGGGGCGCUGUAUUUGGCCCCCAGCACUGGGACUUCUCCAUGCCUGUUUUCAGGGUUAUAAAGCAAGACAGAAGUACAGUGGUACUUCAGGUUACAUACGCUUCAGGUUACAGACUCCGCUAACCCAGAAAUAGUGCUUCAGGUUAAGAACUUUGCUUCAGGAUGAGAACAGAAAUCAUGCUCCAGCGGCGCAGUGGCAGCAGGAGGCCCCAUUAGCUAAAGUGGUGCUUCAGGUUAAGAACAGUUUCAGGUUAAAAAUAGACCUCCGGAACGAAUUAAGUACUUAACCCGAGGUACCACUGUGUUCUAAAUAAAUUGGGAGGGGCAGGUAGAUUGACUUGUAUUCUGCCUCUUGAUGACUGUUCCACAUAUUGAUGGUUAACUUGACAGCCUGCUCUUCUUUUCCAGGAGUCAAGAUUAUAUUCCGAGUGGGUCUGGUGCUGCUGAAGUACACCCUGGGCUCUUCUGAGAAGCUCAAGUCCUGCCAAGGGCAGUAUGAGACAAUGGAACGGCUGAGGGCCCUGAACCCCAAGAUCAUGCAGGAGACUUUCCUUGUGCAAGAGGUAAGAUGGGAGUCGGGCCUGGCCCCAGCCUGUUCAGUGGGUUUCCUAACUGCACGCGGCUGUAAGCUGGUCACCUGAUCAGACUGAAGGAGUCACUUUUCCGCAGUGCAGCUCAUAGCACUGAUCGCUGCCUUGGUUCCCCCAAGUCAGUAGGCAGCCACACCAGCUCAGAGUUCCCCAAAAAGGCCCAACUUGUGGUUCUGGAGAAGUGCAACCAGAACUGGAUUUCCCUGAGAUUCACAGCAAAUGUGCUGCUUUUGAACUGCUACUUCCCUUUCCAAAAAACCAGAUUUGACUAUACCACAAGCUGUGUCAGUUGAAGCAGUGUGUGUGUUUCCAGGCUACACAGAACUCUGUCAAGCUUAGUGAAGUAGAAUUCUGUGUCACAUGGGCGUGUUGUUUAGUUUUUUGUUUUGCUCCUGCUGAAGCAGUUGAGAGUUGGAAAUCCUUAUGGAUCUACUGCAGAUCACCCCAAGAUGUUCAGGUAGAUCGAAGUCUACCUUCUGCCCACCCCUCACCUGUUGUUGUUGUUUGUUUGUUUGUUUGUUUGUUUGUUUAUAUCAACUGGUAGAGCAUGAGACCCCUUAAUAUCAGGGUCCUGGGUUCGGGCCCCACGUUGGGUGAAAGAUUCCUGCCUUGCGGGGGGUUGGACUAGAUGACCCUUGUGGUUCCUCCCAACUCUGCCAAUUCUAUGAUUCCUUCAGCAGAAGGUCCCAGAGUGUGUAAAAGUAAUAUAAAACACAGCCCAUGCCUGCCUGAAGGUUCAAUCUCACUGUGCACACCUGCUUCUAGAGUCUUGCCUGAUGCCUUGGAGAAGCUGCCAGCCAGAACUGACAGUAAUGGACUAGGCAGACCAAUGGGGUACUCUGCAGAAAGAAACUUUAUUUCUGUUGGGAUGUUGAUGUCUUCAAAGCAACACUGCCCUCUGCUGGAAUAGCCUUUUUAUAACUGGCUUACAAAAGGUCAAAGUAGAGUCUUUCCUGGUUGCCACUGUGCUGUGUUAUACAGGCAGGCCUUGCUUUUUGCCUUAACUGUUCAACAAGCACAAAGUGUAAUCAAUAUUCUGCAGGGGGCUGUAUCCUGAAGAUUAGUCAUUUGUAUAUUAGUGUCUCUCCUAGGCAAGGGGCAGCUAACCUUGUAACCAUGGGACAAAUCUGCCCCCCCCAAUAGUUCUUUUGUGACCUGAAACUCCAGCCUCCAGUUUAUUUAUACCUGGCUGCUCCCAUGGGUAUCCUACUAAUGUGAAAAGAAUGCCGUGAACUCCACCCAACCCCCACUCCAGACCCUCCAAAUGUGUCCUUUAAAAAUAAUUGGCCACACCCACUUUGACAUGCAGCCCCUGGGGUGGACUCAAGUUUAGGGUCCCCCACUUGCAAUAGGCUCUUUAGCGUCCCUUCUUAAAGAGAGGUGGAGGGAUGUGGGCCCUGUUUUCAGUCGCAGGUGUUCCUAGGGCAGAAGGAAACCCUCUCUGACUGAGGUGAGCGAUGUGUGGCAGAGCUCUUGCAACUGGAAACUUGAGAGAGGCACAGACAGUUCAAGAAGAGAGACACUCUUUCAUCUUUUGAGUAAGCUUGUGCACCUGGUCCCCUUCAAAAUUCAGCUUGCGUCUUGAGAGCAGAAGUCAACAUUCGUUCGGUUUUUAUUGAAUGGAAGUUAAGAUGUGGAUAUUGAUGCGUUUCCAUGUUGAAGAAGCUGAACCUGGUGGAUAUUUGGGGAGGGGGACAGAAUACCCUUAAACUUUGGGUGCUGGCAUUCCUCUGUUCCGUAUCAUGUUCUGGCAUGAUGCCCAAGGAGGAACUGGCUAUUGAUGUAUUUAUUUAUUUGGUCCUCCUUUAGAUCAUAGAGUUGCCAGUGACGGAGCGUCAGAUAGAGCGAGAGCACCUGAUCCAGCUGAAGAAGUGGAAAGAGACCCGCGGGGAGCUGCAAUGCAAAUCCCCUCCCCGCUUCCACGGUGCCAAGGCCAUCAGCGACGCCGAGCCCUACUCCCGCAAAGCCCUGGAGCCCUCGCCCUCCAUCAUCCUGCCCCCCGGCACCACACUUUCGCCCAAGGGCCGCAAGACCAAACCGCUGAAGGGGAACAAGAGAGGGGGCCAAGGGAAGAGCACCCCGGUCAACGGCCCCAUCCCCGAAGAAAACGGGACUCGGACAUUGCUGGAGCCAGAGUCCUCUCUCCUCCACCAGUCCAAGGAGAGCCUCAGCUCUCAGGAGAGCGAGGACACUUACCUGUAAACUGGGUGGCUGAACGCUCCAGACCACCACCCCCUGGCCUGCUCUGCCGCCUGUCUUAAGUAGCCUCUGCAGCCAGAGGGAGCCAACGACCCAUAGGUGGGGGUGAGUGGGUAGCUGGGAUUCUGAGAAUUUCUGCUGUUGCACUCAAGGUGAGCUAGGACUGCAGGGGCUCUCUAGCUUGAUCUUAACUGUAUGCAGCAGUGCCCCCUGGUGGCCCGGAGGUGAGGCACAACAAGUGCACCUCUCUGUGUCUCCGGUGGGAAAGGCUAAAGCAAGCAGCUGCUGUUCUGCCUUCUUUUGGGAAGUCUUCACAGGAUGGGGCAGGGUGCUGCCCUUGCUGUACACCUGCAGGGUUUGGUCUGUGAGGAUCGUGCAGGUAUAGAUACAGGUUUAUUUCCUGCUAUGCAUUCACCAUCAUUGCUUUGGCAGUGCUGGGGACAGCCCGGCGGGUAUCUGUUCUGUGGGGAAUUGGCAGGAGCCAGGUUGGCUGGCUGAUGGUGGCCCUCUCUGUUCAGGCGGAUGGGACUUGCAUCCAUGCUCUGACUCUCUUGGCCUAUUAGCCACCUGUCACUCUUUCCUCACGCAGUCACGGUUGCGGUCGAGACUUUGCCUCUUACAGGACUUGCAUUCCAACCUCAAUCAUGGGAGUAGCUGUGUGCUCUCGUAUCGUUUUGACAUUCCCUUCCCAACAUUCCCCUCUGGGCCUUCUUCCCUUCCCUUUGGGUUCAUCACAUCAGCUGAUGAAACUAUUCCUUCUACUGCCCAAACAUUGCGGGUGGCUGCUGGUACUCUGGUGGCCCUGACCUGGAUCUGGAAAUCCUUCUGCUCCUGGAGGGCCCGACCUCUUCCCCUCCUACCCCAGUAUCUUCUGCCCUGUACGCCGGAACAAUCGGGCGACCUGUUCUGUGCAUACAUGGUUCAGAGUUUUGUGAAGGUCAGAGAACUAACACGUUCACCUUCCCUUGCUGUCUUGACCAAAUUUCUCAAAAGGGUUUUUUCCCAUGCUGGAAUCGGGAGUACUGAAAUCACCAUUCACUUCUGGAUCAAUUUUCUUUAUAGAAGGAACUGCUGCAGAAAUGUGUUAGCUUUUGCUGCUACGUGUGUGCGAUUUGGGUCUUUGAGCAUUGGCUUGAGCUGACAUACGGUCCAGCUCUGCCGGUGACGCCCUGGAAAACGAGGCAGCUUGUUUCCAAGGCAUUAGUCAUUUCCAUUGCCCACCCUCUCAUUCUUCAGAAGGCUGUCCUGGUCCUUCACCUACAACUUCCCCCAGUUGAUGGAAUUAAAGCUGGAACCCUGAAUGGCCAGAGAGAAGGGACUGAGCAGCACCCAUUGGUUGCUGCCUGUGGCCCUGCCUCCCAACUGAUAUGGUGCUGUUCAUAGAAUGGUUGGUUCCAAAAUGCAAAACCCUUCACUGUUCAUUUUCUCUCUAGCCCUUUGCAGGCUGAGGUUGAACCUCCCCUGUUCUUGAAGGCUCCCAUGGGCAACAAUUUAAUUCCUGGCCAAAGCAAAAAAGUGGGAGACUGCAGUUUAUUAAGAAGGCUCAAGGAGAGGCCCCUCCCUCCUCUCCACAGGCCCCCUUUCAUUCCUUCAACACAGAUCCGUCAGGAUGGGGUGAUGCAGUGGCACUUGAGGCCAUCUUUUCUGAUAGCCGACCUCGCCUGCACCGUCCCAUCCCAGGGGGUUGUAUGUCCAGGUUGGGUGGGGAGGUGGAGGCUUGUCUUCCUUCUCCCCCAAUGCUAGGUUAUUACUGAUGGGUCUGGAGUUAUUUUUGUGCAUUUUUUUUUAAAACGGGAAAUCAUUAGCUGAAAGUGUUUUGUACAAAAGGCAAAAUAAAACCAUAAUUAUGUAAAUGGUC